GGUCUGGUACCAAGCUGAACCGCCUGCGUGUGAAAAAAAAAAUUGUUUACCGUGAAACCCCGACAACGCGUCACACCGCAUUCAAACUGAAUCAACUGACGUAUUAAGUCACCCCAUCCGCGGGGGAUAUAUAUCCUGCACUGUAUUCAGUACCCCGGGCAGUUCUUCAUUUCACCGCGCAACAUCAUCCGAGAUCUACGUCGUUCCAUUUACGUAGACGCGACGCCCCUAGAGGGCUUGUACGUCAGAGCCGUUUGUCCAAUGGGAGCUCGCGCAACAGGCGUUUCAAACGCAGCGUUGUCGUAACGGCGAGCUAAUUGAGACGUCUGUUUGUGGCCAGGGAAGCGGAGAGUCCCUCACGUGGAGCGGCACGCCAACUGUAGCAUCUUCUACCUGCCGGGGGCACUUCCUGCGUGGGCGGACUAUAGGAUUCACCUUUAAAAAUACACAUCAUCGAUCCGGCUAAGAUCCUGCUGAUUUACUGGAGUAACGAGAAGCACGGUCGUGCGGAAGCGGCGGCGCUACAGAGAUUUUAUUCGCAGCUUUCAGAACGCACGUCCGUUCGUUCCAGUCCGAGAGCUGAGCUGUCCAGACGCGAUAAAACGCUGUGUGUUGAGUGGAAAAAUAGGAGACAGAACAUACUAGAUUGUUACGCCGAAGGGAGGUCAUACCGGCUAUAUAGGACCUAAAAAGGACUGACUGUACCAGUGCGGCACCGCCAUACUCUGCAGAGUGGCUGUCAACACAGAUACAGAUACUACAGGCCGCGGAAACAUCUAUCUGCAGAACGUAUCAUCCUCCGCACUUUGCUGGUGAGGGGUUCAGUAUGGGGCUGGGCACCAGCAGAGGAUGUUCCGGCGCCAGAACCAGAACAACGCGGAUACAGUCUACAACAGUCACACAGGUCAUGUGGUCGAAUGCCCUUCCGGGGAUUGCCCUCGCCAGGGGACUGCCGCGCAGCCCCACCUUGCGACCUCUGCCUGAACACCAGCCGUCUCUGCCCGGGGCCGCUCCCGCCACCUCCAUCAGCCCCGCCACUCCCCGCAAGUCCGUGUCCCACCCGCCGGGCAGACGCACUUCAACCACCUGCUCGAUCUCACUCUCCCAGCAAAACUCCAUGGAGCGUCCCGUCCCAACUCCGCAGAACUCCAUGGAAUCGGACAAGUCCUCGGAGCGCCAGCCAAGUACAGAGGCGGACCCACGCGUACUGGAAGCGGCGCUGGUGUGCGGAGACAUCCGGCUCCCCAACCUCCCUACCGGCGAGGCCGUCACCAACCCCGCCGCUAAAAACAUCGCCGGCGUGCCGAAAAUAAACCUCCUCGCGGGGGAGCCGACCUUUAACAACUUGAAAACCUUCACCAAGAAACUCAUGAACAACACAAAAAAGAACGUCACGGAGAAGGAUAACAGAAAGGACAGUGUGUUUGGGGAUGAAGACUCCUCUGGGCCUUCGGAACCAAAAAACGUCGCGACCAAAACGAGAAGAGGAACUUUGACCCGACAGGCCUCGGUGACGUCACAGACCAGUAAUAUCUCCGUGGAGGUGGAGACGGCGGUCAGGCGGAUGGGGCGCAGGCGCAGUAGCGAUUCCAAACUACAGAGGAAGAUUUCUGUCACCAUGCAGGGUGACGGCACAGGCGGUUUCAGCCAGCUGCGGGAAGUCACAGUUGACGGGGAUGUUAUCCCACUAGGCUUCCCUCCAGGCGCCUUGAAGUAUGGCGGCGCGCCCUCCGUGCCGUGCAGCCGGAGCUCCUCCAUCUCCCUCACGGUCGACGCGGACUUCAACCCCGAGGAGCUGGGGAAGGGAGGUGCGGUGGGAGGGAAGUCUAAACCCCCGCUGACCCGCCGACACUCCUGCCUGGUCCUGCUGAAGCAAGGUGAGAUGAAGAAUGGGAAGGGCGGCAGGAAGAAGCCCCUGGUCAGACGACACUCCGAGCUGGCUGUCAUGAUGGAGGCGGACGGACAUGACAUCGAGAUAGAGGCGAGAGGCCCGGUCUUUGAUUGAUUGAAUCAAAUAUACGGAUGUUGAAAACAACGUUAACUGGCAGCUAGCUCGCUGAUUGGACUGAUGGACCGAUCCUGACUGUCCAUCAACCAAUGAUAACACGGCAGUUAGUAGUUGGACCAAUGAGAGAGUAGCUGCACAAAUAUUUGCAUUUUUAUGUUUUGACCGAGUUAGUCUGGACUAUAGGAUCAGCCCAUUGAGGGACAUGUAGGUAGGUACACAGGCGCACUGCAUUCUGAC